AUGGCAGACGAAGACCUUAUUUUCCGCCUGGAAGGCAUUGAUAAUAGCAGGUCUCAUUCCCAUCAUGCUGGCUUUUCUGAUGAUGACAGUGAUGAGGAAGAUGGCUACUACAUCUGCCCCAUUACAGAUGACCCUGGAUGUAACAAGAUUGCUAAUUCAAAAGUCUCUAACUACUACAGCAACUUAACCAAGAAUGAACAAUAUGGGUCCAGUUGUUCUCCUGGGAGUUCCUUCCAUUUUAAGGAAACUUGGAAACAUGCCAUUGAGAAAGCAAAACACAUGCCUGAUCCCUGGGCUGAAUUUCAUCUUGAGGAUAUUGAAACAGAGCGCGCUACUCGUCACAGGUACAAUGCAGUCACUGGAGAAUGGGUUGAAGAUGAAGUUUUAAUCAAAAUGGCUUCACAGCCCUUUGGACGUGGAGCAAUGCGAGAGUGUUUCAGGACGAAAAAGCUGUCUAAUUUCCUGCACACUCAGCACUGGAAAGGAGCUUCCAACUAUGUGGCAAAGAGGUACAUUGAGCCUGUGAACAGAGACGUGUACUUUGAGGAUGUCCGCCUACAGAUGGAGGCCAAACUCUGGGGCGAGGAAUAUAACCGGCACAAACCCCCAAAGCAGGUGGAUAUCAUGCAGAUGUGUAUCAUUGAGUUGAAGGACCGGGCAGACAAGCCCCUUUUUCACCUGGAACAUUAUAUUGAAGGCAAAUACAUCAAAUAUAAUUCCAAUUCAGGAUUCGUCCGGGAUGAUAAUAUCCGCUUAACCCCCCAGGCCUUCAGCCACUUCACCUUCGAACGCUCUGGCCAUCAGCUGAUUGUGGUAGACAUUCAGGGAGUUGGGGAUCUCUACACUGACCCUCAGAUCCAUACAGAGACGGGUUCAGACUUCGGAGAUGGCAACCUAGGUGUUCGAGGCAUGGCUUUGUUCUUCCAUUCUCAUGCCUGCAACCGGAUAUGCAAGAGCAUGGGCCUCACCCCUUUUGACCUCUCGCCAAAGGAAAAGGAUGCUGUUAAUCAGACCAUAAAGUUGCAAUCAGCCCAGACCCUUGUUCGGGGCACGGAGGAAAAGUGUGGCAGCCCAAGAGUGAGGACCUUCUCAGGGAGCCGUCCACCACUACUUUCUCGCCUUUCAGAGAACUCUGGAGAUGAAAAUAUGAGUGAUGUGACAUUUGACUCCCUCCCUUCCUCCCCUUCAUUCACACCACACAGUCAGAGAAUCGACCAUCUCCACUGGCCACAAUUCAGCGAUGUUGAUAAUCUGGGACACAAAGACCAUGACCAACUGGAUAACCACCGGGAUUCUGAGAAUGGUGGGGACAGUGGUUACCCCAGUGAAAGGAGAAAUGAACUGGAAGACAUAGAUUCCCGAGACAAGGGCCAUUCAAAUGGUAACCGGAAACAGUCUGAAUCUGAUGAAGAUAGUUUGGGCAGUUAUGGAAGGGUCAGUGUGGAGAAAUGGAAUCUCUAUAAUUCUGCCAGGCUUCACCUCCAGAGGCCAUCCUGUGUCGCUGUGGAAAUGCAGAGACUUAAUGCUCUGGACCUUGAAAAGAAAAUCGGGAAGUCCAUUUUGGGGAAGGUUCACCUGGCCAUGGUACGUUACCAUGAAGGGGGACGUUUCUGUGAAAAAGACCAGCCCUGGGAUCAAGAAUCAGCUGUAUUCCACCUCGAACAUGCAGCAGACCUAGGGGAGCUUGAAGCCAUUGUGGGGCUUGGGCUCAUGUACUCCCAGCUCCCCCACCACAUCCUAGCUGAAGUCUCCUUAAAGGAGUCGGAUGAGAACAGAACCAAAGGAUUUGAUUACUUACUGAAGGCUGCAGAAGCAGGUGACAGACAUUCUAUGAUCCUUGUGGCAAGAGCCUAUGACACAGGCCUGAACCUCAGCUCUGACAGAACACAGAACUGGAAGGAAGCCCUACACUGGUAUGACACUGCAUUAAACACCACAGAUUAUGAUGAAGGAGGUGAAUACGAUGGGAUGCAGGAUGAACCCCGGCACACACUCCUGGCAAGAGAGGCUGAAAUGCUGUUUAUAGGUGGCUUCCAGCUAGAAAAAGACCCACAAAGAUCAGGUGACCUGUACACUUUAGCUGCAGAAGCUGCCAUGGAAGCCAUGAAGGGCCGGCUGGCCAAUAAGUACUAUGAAAAGGCUGAAGAAGCAUGGGCAAUGAUGGAGGAAUAGCUCACUGAAGCUGUCACCACCAUACUUGUACAUAUGGGGGGGGGGGUUAAAAUAUGA